AAAAAAAAAAGAGAAAGAAUCAGACGGCUCAGAUUCACUUUCUAUUUCUUCCCAUCCCAUUUCUCUCUCCACCCCCUCAUUCUAUUUCUUCUUCAAAAUCUCUCCCAUAAUUCACUCUUCUAUCUCUGAAAACACUAACACCCAGAAAAGAACAUUUAAAAAGAAGAGCAAAAUGAAGGGGUGAUAUUAUUAAUUCUUAAUUUUAUUUACAAGAACUAAUUUCUUUUAAGAAGAAGAAGAAGAUGAUGUUGGGUAAAAGAGGACGUCCACCGAUGAGGAGGACAACGAGCAUGACAGGGAUCACCGUUGAUAUAGGGACAGGGACUGGAAGUGAACAAGAGCCGUCUGAUUAUAGGCCUAAAGUUAUGGUUGAUCAUGAUCAGUUUAAGGGUUCAUCAGAGAAGCAAGUAAUGAUGAGCAGUACUACUACAAGUGGUAUGGCGGCGAUGGUGUCGCCGAGAUACCAAAGGAGAAUUUCAGGCGAAGGUUUUCAAACUGAGACGGCUAAUUUCUUGAGAACUUGUGGUCUUUGUAACCGCCGGUUGGCUCCCGGACGAGACAUCUACAUGUACAGGGGUGAUACCGCAUUUUGUAGUAUGGAGUGUAGGGAACAACAAAUGAAGCAAGACGAAAGAAAAGAGAAAUCCAAUUAUAAGCGUAACUCAAACAAGACAGAAAACCAUCACAAUCACUCAGAACUUCCUUCUGCCAACUCUGAAACUUCCAGCAAGAGCGAAACUAUAGCAGCAGCUUGAACGAAGAAGGAAAAAAGAAUGAUAUGUAAAUGAAAGAAAGCUAUGUAAAGUUAAUAUCCAUGCACGUAAUUAAGGAAUAUGCUUGUGAGUUGAUUGGGUUUUUAGGGGUUUUGAGUUUUCAUUUUCUUUUGUGGCUUCAGCGAUCCAAUGUAUUGUAACUUGUAAGUGGACAAAAAUUUGGAAAAAUAAAAGUAAAAAAAGGCAAUGCUAAGAAAUAGUGUAAACUUAUAAAUUUUUAUGC